GCGCUCAUCUGAACCCUCAAAUGAACGAAUCCGUUUAUGAUAGGAUUGGAUCUGUUCACUUAAAACGAUUCGUUCAUUUGAACGGAUCGUUCAUGAGCGACACAACACUACCGCUUUUCAUUCAGUCUUUUUAAGUGUCAGAACUGUCAUACGGCACCGAGGCAGCAGUCUUUGAGAUUCACUCAGAGCUGGAAAAAGAUUAUUAAAACAUCAUGAGCAGUAAAUUCAUGGAGGUAAUGCAGCCUUUCUGUGCGAUGAUACCAGAAGUCCCAAGACCUCAAAGAAAUAUCCCAUUCACAGAAAAGGUGCUAUGGACUGCAAUUACUCUCUUAAUCUUUCUUGAGUGUUCCCAGAUUCCCCUCUUUGGCAUAAUGUCUUUAAACUCUGUAGAUAUAUUCUACCAGAUAAGAGUCAUCACGGCUUCAAAAAGAGGUACUCUGAUGGACCUGGGUGUCUCACCUCUUAUCAGCCCAGACCUGAUAAUGAAGCUGCUGAUUGGGGCUAAGAUCAUUGAAGUUAGAAACACCCCAAAGGAUAGAGCGUUCUUUAAAGGAGCUCAUAAAUUGUUUGGGAUGAUCAUCUCCAUUGUCCAGGCCAUUGUUUAUGUAAUGACUGGCAUGUAUGGAGAUCCAUCAGAGAUGGGUGCAGGGAUCUGUUUGCUCAUCGUCAUUCAGCUGUUUGUAGCAGGGCUGAUGUUGCAGCUCCUGGAUGAAUUACUCGAAAAAGGCUAUGGCCUCAGUUCAAGGACCCCCCUUUUCAUUACCACCAAUACCUGUGGGACCAUCAUGUGGAAGGCCUUUAGUCCGACCACUAUGAACACAGGAAAUAACACAGAAUAUGAGGGAGCAGUCAUUGCUCUUUUUCACCAGCUCGCCACAAGGCCUGACACAGCAGAUGCUCUCAAUGAGGCCUUCUUCAGGCAGAACCUCCCCAACCUCAUGAACCUCAUCGCUACAGUGUUCGUCUUUGCUGUAGUUAUAUACUUUCGGGGAUUCAGAGUUGAUCUGCCCAUCAGAUCUUCUCGCUUCCGUGGCCAAUAUAACACAUACCCCAUCAAGCUUUUCUACACCUCCUACACUCCCCUCAUCAUGGUGUCUGCUUUGGUCUCCUGCCUGUAUUUUAUCUCCUAUAAGCUUUCCUUAUUCUUCAGUGGGAAUUUCCUGGUUGAUCUCCUUGGAACGUGGUCUGAUGCAGCAUCCGGUGGUCCAGCCCGUAUUAACCCUGUUGGAGGACUUUGCUACUACCUCUAUCCACCAGAGUCUUUUUAUUCAGUUCAUGCUCUAAUUUACAUCUUUUUCAUGCUCAGCUCAUGUGCUGUUUUCUCUAAAACUUGGAUUGAAGUUUCAGGCUCUUCUGCAAAAGAUGUAGCAAAACUGCUGAAGGAUCACCAGAUGGUGAUGAGAGGACACCGUGAAACCUCAAUGGUUCAUGAACUGAACAGGUACAUUCCAACAGCUGCUUCCUUUGGUGGACUUUGCAUCGGUGGUUUAUCUCUGAUGGCGCACUUCCUCGGUGCCUUUGGCUCUGGCACUGAGAUCCUAAUGACUGUCACCUCCAUCUAUCAGUACUUUGAAAUCUUUGUGAAAGAGCAAAGUGAAGUGGGCAGCAUGGGGGCAUUACUCUUCUAAAAUAAUCUGUAAUUCUGCUUAUGUUGACUCUUACUGUUUUUUCUGUUUUUAUUUUUCGUUCUUUUUUUACAUUCUUAAACUGUAUCUACUCAUAAUUGGAUUUGAGGGCUUGAAGACUUUUCUGACAGAAGGACAUCUGCAGCUCAGACUUUAUCUUUACCCCUGAUUGGAAUAGAGGGCAUAAU